GGGGCCUGCUUCAGAAUUUAUAGUCUCAAAACAGGAAGUAGCAGCAGAGGGAGUGAUCACAGGUCAUCUAGAGGUAAGGACUCCCUCUGCUGGCUUGGUGACACCCCCCAUAGUUCUAUACCUCUACCUAAAACACCCCUAAACAUGCCCCUACUUUUCUACAUCACAGAGUGGGUUUAUUUUUAUAAAAGAAAGCAGCGUUGUAGCGUUGCUGCUGACACCUUGUUCAAAGAAGGAAAAAUAUUUUAGUUGUGAAACAUGUAAUUCAUAACAAGUUGUGAAAGUGAAAUAAAGACACAGAAUAGCUACACCAUCUCUUCUGCCACAAAUACUGUAUCAGAACAGCACUUUUGUCUGACAGAAGAAUUUGCUUUUCUGAGGUGAGUCUUAACAUUUAUAAUAGAUAAAUAGGUUGGUCAAAUGUAUAAAACAAGAUUCCUAAACUCUGUAAAAAUGUCACUGGCCCAAAUCAGUGAAGUCAAUUCAAGUCAACAUUAUUUAUAUAGCGUUUUUUUUUUAUAAUGCAAAUUGUAUCAAGCAGAAUUUACAGUAUUGAACAGGGAAAUAGUGUGUCAAAAUAGUAUGUUGUUCUCAUCUGGCCAGAUAAAACCAGCAGUUUAGUUCUAUGCUAGACUCAUCUGGUUUCCUGUGGUCUUCUCCCAAUCUAGGUGACAAGAUUUUCGAAAAUGAUCUGCCUCUGGGCAUUCAGGGUGCUGAUCCACCAGCUGGUCUGAAUAUAGACUGAACCCAGAUGAUUGCAGUGACCAUUUGAUCUGGAAUAAGAAUGAAACUAACAUUCUAACAAUGUAACAGAUGUUGUCCAUGACUCUGGUUGGCUCUUUAACAGAAGGGGGGGCUCAAGCAGCCUUUGCUUAUAUCCUGAAUCUGACACUUUACUCUGGCCAUAAUCAUGUAGGCUGUGUUCAGGCAGGAGCCAGCCUCAUCCUCACACUCAUCUCAGACCGUGUGAGCAGUAGGGAUGGCUGGGGGACGCAGAGGACUGGUGGCCCCUCAGAACACUUUUCUGGAGAAUAUAGUCCGCCGCUCCAAUGUUUGGACAUUUUCUCAUAGACAGACAGACACCAAUUUUGUUUUGGGGAAUGCCCAAAUACUGGAUUGGCCUAUUGUCUACAGCAAUGAUGGAUUCUGCAAGCUGUCUGGAUACCACCGUGCUGAAGUCAUGCAGAAGAGUAGUACAUGCAGCUUCAUGUAUGGGGAACUCACUGAUAAAGAAACUUUCGAGAAAGUCCGCCAGACCUUUGAGAACUAUGAGAUGAACUCCUUUGAGAUACUUAUGUACAAGAAGAACAGGAUGCCAGUGUGGUUCUUCGUAAAAAUUGCUCCCAUCCGAAACGAACAGGACAAAGUUGUUCUUUUUCUCUGUACCUUCAGCGAUAUCACUGCAUUCAAGCAGCCUAUUGAAGAUGAUUCAUCUAAAGGCUGGGGUAAGUUUGCUCGUCUGACACGGGCGCUGACAAGCAGCCGUGGUGUUUUACAGCAGCUGGCUCCGACUGUGCACAAAGGCGAAAAUGUCCACAAGCACUCCCGUCUGGCCGAGGUACUGCAGCUAGGCUCUGACAUCCUCCCGCAGUACAAACAAGAGGCUCCAAAAACACCUCCACACAUUAUCCUGCACUACUGCACCUUCAAAACUACCUGGGACUGGGUAAUUCUCAUCCUCACCUUCUACACAGCCAUUAUGGUACCCUACAACGUGUCCUUUAAGACCAAGCAAAACAAUGUGACCUGGCUGGUGGUAGACAGUAUUGUGGAUGUGAUUUUCCUGGUGGACAUUGUGCUCAACUUCCACACCACCUUUGUUGGACCUGCUGGGGAAGUGAUUUCAGACCCAAAGCUCAUCCGGAUGAAUUACGUGAAGACCUGGUUUGUCAUUGACCUCCUCUCCUGUCUUCCUUACGAUGUCAUUAACGCCUUUGAAAACGUUGACGAGGGCAUCAGCAGCCUCUUCAGCUCUCUGAAGGUAGUGCGUUUGUUGCGUCUUGGCCGUGUGGCCCGCAAACUGGAUCAUUACAUUGAAUACGGUGCGGCGGUGCUAGUGUUGCUGGUUUGUGUGUUCGGCCUGGCCGCCCAUUGGCUGGCCUGCAUCUGGUACAGCAUCGGUGACUAUGAGGUCAUAGAUGAAGCAAACAACUUGCUCCGUAGGACCAGCUGGCUGUAUCUGCUGGGAGAAGCUGCCGGCACACCGUAUCGCUUCAACGUCAGUGGCACGGAAAUGUGGGAAGGGGGUCCCAACAAAGACUCGGUCUACAUCACCUCAUUGUACUUCACCAUGACCAGCCUGACCAGUAUCGGCUUCGGGAACAUUGCUCCCACCACGGAUGCAGAGAAGAUUUUCGCCGUGGCCAUGAUGAUGAUUGGCUCUCUCCUUUAUGCCACCAUCUUUGGUAACGUAACCACCAUCUUUCAGCAAAUGUAUGCCAACACCAACCGUUACCAUGAGAUGUUAAAUAGUGUGAGAGACUUCCUGAAGCUCUACCAGGUUCCCAAGGGCCUCAGCGAGAGGGUCAUGGACUAUAUCGUCUCUACGUGGUCCAUGUCUAGAGGAAUUGAUACAGAGAAGGUGUUGCAAAUUUGCCCUAAAGACAUGCGAGCGGACAUCUGCGUUCAUCUAAACAGGAAGGUGUUCAAAGAGCAUCCUGCUUUUCGGCUGGCCAGCGAUGGUUGUUUGAGAGCACUUGCCAUGGAGUUUCAGACCAUUCACAGCGCCCCAGGAGACCUCAUCUACCACGCCGGCGAAAGUGUGGACAGCCUCUGCUUCGUGGUGUCGGGGUCUUUGGAGGUCAUCCAGGACGAUGAAGUCGUUGCUAUUUUGGGAAAGGGGGAUGUGUUCGGGGAUGUGUUCUGGAAAGAAAUGAAUUUAGCUCAGGCCUGUGCAAACGUCCGAGCGCUGACCUACUGUGAUCUUCACGUCAUCAAAAGGGACGCCUUACAGAAAGUUCUGGAGUUCUACACGGCCUUUGCGGGACACUUCUCACGAAACCUGGUUCUCACCUACAACCUGAGGAAAAGGAUCAUCUUCCGUAAAAUAAGCGACGUGAAACGAGAGGAAGAGGAGAUGCUGCGACGGAAGAAUGAAGCACCUCUGAAUCUUCCUCCAGAUCACCCGGUGCGGCGUCUCUUCCAACGCUUCCGUCAGCAGAAAGAGGCCCGUCUGGCAGCAGAGCGAGUGAGCCAAGCAGAACCAGACGUGGAGCGAGGUAAAGUGGAGACCGUUGUACACGAGGUGACUGCAACCACCAGCGUUGUUACGGUCACUGAAAGUCCAGCCACUCCGGUUACCUCCGCGUCUUCCUCAACAAGUAGAACAUCGUCAUGCCAAGUCAAACUCUCCACUCCGGUGGCCCCUAAUGGAACCUGUACAGGAAACAAGUCAGCAGAGCCUCCCAAAAGCAAAGGCUGGGGGCGGUUUAAAGAAGCCACAACCAAGUCUGAUCUCUCCUGGUGUUCUGUGUCUAAAGCUGAGUCCAUGGAGAUGCUUCCAGAUAGGACUAAGUGGGACUCUUGGGACAGCGGCAUCACUAAGAGUGACGGGAGUGCUCGAACCCCUCAGGAUCGGAGCCCCUUGCAGGCCGAGGGCAAGCGAGCAUUUUGCCCCAUUCCAGAACAGAGUCUUCAGGCCUGCUUUAUAGAAUUGAAACAGGAGCUUAGAGGAGACAUCCUCUCCCUCAGCACCAGAAUGAGUGCCCUUGAAGGCCAGCUCGCUGAGAUGCUCCAGCUUCUCAAAGACAGAAAGACCUCAGGAUCUUCUAACCUGUUUGACAUGUCAAGACCAGAUUCUCCAGAUUCAGAAAAGGAUGACACCAUGUUCUCCUAACUGGGCUUCAUAUCAGAUACGGUGGGCUAAGGAAAACAUGGUUUGUUCCUGUUGUACUCAAAGCUAAACUGAACUCAAGUAGUACAUUUCUUUAAAGAUGAAGAACGAAACGUUUUGUUUUUUUUCAGCCUUGUGUUGAGGCACUCAUACACUCUUAAAAAUAAAUGGUAUCAGUUGUACCAGAAACAAUUUUCAAAGGAAUAGUUCACCAAAAAUUGUAACUUUCCUCCGAGAAGUAGAUGUAUUUUGUUUCUUUAUCGGAAGAGAUUUGGAAGUUUAGUAAUAUGUAGUUUUCUAAGUAGCAACAUGAAUUUCUCCUAAUCCUCUCUAAAUCUAAAUCUUUAAAACAUUCAAGCUUUCCAUUGCACGGGAUGUUCUGUUUAGUGAAAAACGUUUUUUAAAUCAUUAAAAUGUUCUUCACACCAAGUUCUUUUGAAAAUUGUUGGCUUGAAGAACCAAAAAUCCAUUUUGGAACCAUUAUUUUUAGAGAGAUAUGGUGCAAUUUUUUUUUACAUUUUUAAUUUUUUUUAAAUUCCGCUGUCUUCAGUGGAACAAAGAAUGAAAUGCUUUAAUAAUCAACACAUAAAUAUAUGGAUAUAUAGAUAUAUAGAAAUUACAUAUUAUAGAAUAUGUCACUAUAAUGAAUAUCAAUUGUCAUUUUUUUUUAAACAAUGACAUUUUUGUAUGGUCAUUUAAGUCAACAGUCUUAUUGAUCUUCUGUUUUUACUGUCGAAUUAUAUGUUUGAUAAGUCAGUCAAGCAAAUAUGACAAUUUAUGAAUAAUUCCUCAGCUCUUGUUUUAUGGAUAGACCAAUUUUGCUACCUUGCACAUAAACAUACUUUUGAAGCCACAUUUCAAAAGUCAUCUUGGAAAAUCAUCAACCUGGUUAUUGUCUGUUUAGAAUGAUGUCUGUAUUGUCUGUUUAUAUGAUGAAAAUAAUGUUUUUAGCAUCGUUUUGGCAUCAUAUUAUAAAAUACUGUAGCCUGUUUGUGUGACUAAAUGCUGUGCUCUUAAUAAUGUGACAAUAUGCAAUAUAGCAAUAGUGACAAAUGCAAAAGAACCAAAAUUCCCCUGUCAGUGAAUCCUUGGUGGAUGUUAAAUACAUUGCACGUUGUUUGUUUUUAUUUGUUUUUUUAACAGCUUCAUAACUCUGGCUCUUUUAUUUUAUAUUAACUUAAAGGAAAAAAAUACACAAGAAACAGUUAAGAGAAAGUAUAUUAUGUACUAUAUGUACCAUUCUUUCAGAAGUUAACAAAUUAGGUAGUGGAUAAGCAAUAAUGAUAACUGUUUAAGUGUAUGAGGCAUAUGCCAUUGUCUGAAGUAAUAUGAGAACAAAUGACGCAUGAAAUAAGGAGCAGCAGUGUUAUUUAGCAUGUGAUUUUUAGCAUUAUUGCCAAAAAUUGUAUUUUAUAGUUUUGAGUCCAUUUUUUUUGUAAAUGUAAUUUCCAAGAAACAGAUUGAGAAGAGUAUAUCAUAGUGUGUCUAAAGUGUCUAUUGUGUGUUAAACUCUUGAACGUUUAGAAAAAAAAUUGCACUGCACAACUUUAAUGUUUGAUUCAAUGUAUAUCCUGUAUGCAGAAUGAAUCAGUGUGUACACUGUGAAACUAACUUGACGGGACUUACUGAUUGUACUUUUAUUUUUACUCUGAAGAUAAUCAGAAAAAUGGAGCUGCAAAAUAUUUUAAAGCUGAUAGCAGUUGUCUUACCUUUACAUUUUACCUUUAGCUAUUAACAAUUAUUUACUUUUUUAAGAUCCAAGUUUAGCUAAAUUAGUAGACAUAUUGAUUAUGAAAUCAAUCAAUAUGUCAAUGAAUCUCAAUGAAAAUACACACACACAGUUCUUCAUGUAAAAUCACUCAUACCAGUUCAUGAGCCUUAACACAAAGGUUGACUCAUUUUUUCUUAUCUUAAAAGGAAUAUAAAUUACAGUAUUUUUACUUAUUUUUUAUUUUGUAUUUUUUUAUGUCCUGUUGGUCUAUAUAAAUGAAGAAGCACAAGAAACUGUCAAUUCAACUGUGUCAAAUGUUCAUAUAAAAUAAUGUAUACUUUGCAUUACAUAUUAUUCCUAUUAAUAACUUUGAAUCUCCUAAAAUCAAUUUUAGUGAAGUAUUUUUGUGACAUACAGUGUUGUUGAAAUAAGUAUCUUUUGCUCACCGAGGCUGCAUUUAUGUGAUUAAAAAUGCUGUAAUAACUUAAAAUAACUGUUUUCUGUUUGAAUAUAUGUUAAACUGUAAUUGAUUCAAUCAAAUUUGAUAAUUUGAACAAAUCGGAUUUUUCAAGCAUCACUACUGCAGUCUUCAGUGUCACACAAUCCUAUAUAAAUAAUAAUUUUAUUUUAUGCUGAUUUGCUGCUCAAGAAGCAUUUCUGAAUAUUAUUGUUGAAUACAGUGCUGCUUCACAUUUUUGUGGAAACCCGUGAUGAUUUUUUUUUUCUUUCAAGACUCUUUGAAGAGGAAGUUAAAAAGUGCAGCACUGAAAUGUCUUUGCUGUCUUUGAAUAAAAGUAUGAUAAUA